AUGUUAAACAAAGCAAUUAUAUCACUCUUUUUAUUGUUUAUAGUUGGAAGUUAUUGCCAACCAGUAUCAAUACAAUUCUUUUAUCAAUGGCCAGGCUAUGAUUAUAUCAAUUAUCAAGUAGUAAGAUUAAGUGAUGGAAAGAUACUCCAAAACGUGACCAAUAUCAACCCAGACCAAUAUGGUAUCUGGGGAUUCCUCACCACCAACGACACCAGUGAAAUCUUGUUGUUUGGAACCGCUUCCAACUCUAUUCAAGUAAAGUCGUUCUGGCCAAGCACCGAUUCCUUCCAACAAGAAUUCAUUGCAUCCUAUCCAUACAGUUUUACAUUUGCUCUUCAACCACUCCUCUGGAACCCACACACCUUGACUACCUAUGUCCCAGGUUUAUUCUUUAAUGAAAAUGAACGUGCUGUAUUAUCUUUACUUGAAUUUAAACUUGAUACUGCUCAGAAAACAUACCCAAUUGAAUUAGGAAUAUCUGAUACUACAACAACAAGAUUUAAUAGUGAUCCAGUUGGAGCAUACGAUGGAUCAAACUAUUACUAUGUUUAUUUUUCGAUUGAUAAUAUCGAUGGUCUUGCUCAAUACUCAUUCUCACAAAACACAUCGAAACUUGUUACGUUUAUCGAACCUGUCGUACCACUCAAACUACAUGGUAUCGAUCAACUCUAUUACUUUAAUGGACAGUUGUACUAUUGCAAGUAUGUCACAUUGGUAGGUGUCACCAUCUCAACCAUGUCAUUUGACUCUGGCAACGUCGUAGUUAUCUACAAAGACAACAACAUCGCCACCAAAGGAUACCAACAAAACAUUCAACCAUUUGUAUUUGAUCCAACCACUGGUACCAUCCUCAUCCUCAACACCUACAAUGGUAAUCUCUACAUCGACGUCUUUGACAUUUUAACAAAGACUGUGAUCAAAUCAUCCAGCCUCCCAAAUACAAUCCCAUAUGAAACUGUAAUGAUUGCUCCAUCUGUUCAAAGCAAUUAA